AUGAACGUAAAAUAUCAAACAGGCAUGCUAUAAGAUGAUCAGAACAAAUCGAUAGCAAAAUAUACUAUUGGAAAAUAGCUGUAAUUAUCAAGGACAUAAACAUAGGCAUCUUCUAUAAGCAUUUAAUCACAGAAAUAAGAGCUUUAAUUAGACAACAAAGAAAAGCAAGGCUCGAAAUUAGAUAACUUCUUAUAGAAAUCAUCUCUUUUGAAAAUAAACAAUCCAUAAUUAAGCUCAGCUACAUUGCUCAGCCUCCAAACUAAGUCAAUAAUGAAUUUGACUUAGAAUCCAUCUAAGCUAAAACAAAUUUCUAAGAGUAGUAUCAGCAAUUAGCAACAAUCUAUCUCUACUCACAGUUAUAUGAAUCCAUUUCUAACUGCAUAUUAAUCAGCUAAGCUGAGUCAUGAUAAUAGAAAUGGGAAUAACAAUGACUAUAAUAGUGUAAAAUUUGCUUCUGCAAGAUAACUUGAUAAUCAUUCAAAUGCUAUACUAAUUGACUCUGAUGAUAAUUAGAGAAGUUUUAUGGAUGAAUUUUAUGAGUAGCCUCUUCAAAUGUCUCGUCAGGAUAACCGCUAAGCUAGUGCUCAAAGUUUGAAGCAUUUAUAGAAUUAAAUAGAUGAGGAAUAAUCAGGUAUAGAUGAGAGCAUAAACACCUAGACUCUUAAAGUGAUGUUUGAAUAAGACUCAUAGGACUCGUCAUAGAUUUUAUCAUGCAAUAACUCUACCUUCUUAUAGUAAAAGGGUGUAUAUGAAAAUGGAUCAUUUUAAGCACUAGAUUAAAAAGAUCGUAUAGACUAGGUAAAAAUCGAAAUUAUAAAGAACAAAAAAAUAAAGAAAAAUCCUUAAGUAGAGAGUAAUUAGUAUAAACAUAGAAUUAUAUCAAUCAUUCUGAAGAAGAGAUCAGUAAGAAUGAAAAUCUGCCCUUACAAAAAAGCAUCAAUAAACUCUUACUAUAACCGUAGUAAACUUAAUAAUAAAACCAAGUUCCUCAACUUAUAAACCUGCUAGAAUAUCUUCGAUAGAAGUGUGGUUAAGAUAAAUUAGUUAAAAAAUGAAAGAGAGAAAUAAUCCUUCAGAUAGGAGGAGGCUAAAAUGAGGGCUUCCUAAUCUGAGAGAUACUUAUCACCUACAGUUACUUAGAGGACAUUAGGAUUCGAUAGAUAUUCUGAAUAAUAUCAGUCAAACUCUAACUUAAUUACGAGACAUUAAUCUUAGCCCAGGCUGCUAUCCCCUUCAUCAUCUGCUCUUAGAAUUAAUCAAGAUCCCUCUAAAAUUCUUAAUGAUGUAAAUUUUCAAACUUAUCCACAUUAAUUUUAGAUAAACAACUUACUGAAUAGAAAUGGAUAGAACAUCGCAACUCUUCCUUAGAAAGUAGCUGAUUUAAUUACAGAUUGUGAAAGACUAAAAUUAAAGUGCAUGCAAGAAUAAUCUCAAUGGAAUCUGGAGAGACAAUCAAAGGAGUACAGCAACUUCAAGCAAACGCUCAUGGCUAUAUUAAAGCUUGAUAAAACUUAAAAACUGGACCACAAUCCCAUACUUAGGAAUGUUGAAGCCUUGAAGAUUGAUAAUGAAAGACUGUACUUGCUGCUCUCUCAGAUAAACUACUACCUUGGCUUGUAAAAUGAUGUGAGUGACGAGAAGCUACUAAUGACUAUAAAGAAGAUUUGCUAAAGCAACAGCAUUAGUAGCAAUAAUGAUAAAAAUAAACUAAACACUGAUAGGUCUUCCUCAUCCUCUACAAAGAGUAAUAGUGCCUAUAACACUAAAAAUUUGAAUAAAUCUAAUCUUAGCUAACUAUCUAUGAACAGGAAUCACUAGUCAUAGCUUUUCAUGAGACCAUGA